AUGAACAAAAUCUUCGUGGGAAUUUUAUUGCUCUUGACAUUUGCUGUCGUUGUCUCUUGUCAACGUGCUUAUCCAAACAAUAGAAGUGUCAAAUUGGUUGGAGAACCUUCAUUGGCCACCAAUUUCGCUAUUGAUCUUCCAAUUAAUGCCAUUCAAAGUGUUCAAUCCGAAUCUGAAGAAGAUUUCGAAAUGUCAGAUGCCGAAUCUGAUUCAUCAAUUGCUAGUGGAGCUUCCUUGAAAGCAACCACUGCUUUGAAUGUCAGAAGUGGACCAUGCACUGGUAAAUCAAUUAUUACUACUCUUGGAAAUGGUCAAGUUGUCAAAUUCACUGGUGAAGUCCAAAGUGGAUGUGGUUAUACUUGGUAUAAGGUUUCUGGUAGUUUUGGAACUGGUUAUGCUGCCUCUAAUUUCUUAACUGUUGUUCAAAAUGGAGGUGGUGGUGGUGGUUCUACAUCUGGUUGUAGACAAAAUUACAAUUAUCCACUCUUUAAACAAUGUGAUUCUAGAUGGGGUGGUGAUAGACUUGGAAGUUCUUCCACUAUUUGUCAAGUUGGUUGUUUGAUGAAUUCAGUUUGUUCUGCUUUGAAUGGUAGAGGAAAGAGUUCAAUGAACCCAGGUCAAUUGAACCAAUACUUGUUGAAGAAUGGAGGUUAUUAUGGAAAUUUGUUUGUUUGGGGAGCUGUUUCUAGACUUGGAUUCAAUUAUCUUGGACAAACUACUGAUAAGCAAGCUAUUAUCAAUUGGGUCUGUCAAGGAAAGGUUGUCAUUUUGAACGUCAGAAAUGGUGGACAUUGGGUUUUGGCUAAGAGUUACUCUAAUGGUGUUUUCGAAGUUAAUGAUUCUGGAUUCAGUGUUUCAUCAUACACCUCUGCACAAGUUGUUAGAGCUGCUGGUUUCAAUGCUUAA